UCAGCAGCUCAGCUUAAUGGGCGCCCUGCAAACAGAGGAGGAAGUGCGAGAGAAAUGUGUGACAGUGAGACGGAGCAGUACUGCGGCCGCACCUUUUCACCGUCAGACUGCAGCUCGACCAGAACCGACGGACAAACCCGCUGAUUAACACGGCUGCUGUUGGAGGCGCUCCUUUCUCAGGUAUUGAAGGAGCUCAGGAGAGGGAUACAGUAUCACUGCUGGAGGACACCAUGUCCCAAAGCAAAUCAGACAGCUGUGAGGCCAACCAGGCUCCUCUAAUUUUUGAGAAUCAAUUCUCCACAGAACUCCAUAUUCACGAGCCAGGUGAUAACUGCUGCCAACCAGAAACCUUGCAGAAACCCCAGUCUGAAACAUCGACACUACAGGAAGAUACAGUGGAUCGGAUUGUUGUACCUCAGCAGGUGGUUUUGAGUACAAAGAGUCCUGCAGCACUGAAGGUUGGCACACAUCAACUCAUCCCAAAGAAUUUAGCAAUAACAAGCAGGCCUAAAAACCGCCACCACACCACAGUGGUGACGUUUCCAGUGGGACUAGAGAAAUCCACCAGUAGGAACCACAGCCGACACUCAACCCAGGGACCAGAUGUGUCUUGGGAGGAUUAUGACAGUGAUGGAGAUGGCUUUGCUUUGAGGAGGAACCGCAGGAACAAGUCGUACAGAGCAGCAGUGACUAGCAUUGACAUUGAAGCUAUCACAGCAGAGCAAACAGCUCCCACCACACUGAAACCUGUUAAUGAGGAGAAAGAAAUUAGUCCUGGUCCAGCUCCCGCUCCUGGUCGCAAGCGCACACUUGGAAGAAAGAAGAACCAGCGUGGUUCAUUCAAAAAUGCUACACCAUGCCUCUACCAGGAGAUGCGUGAGCGUGGGCUUCACUCCACCAACCAGGAUGAGCUACUGGAAGACUUUGUGGUGGUGGAGCCUCCCGAGGAGGAACAGGGCAUUGUAGUGAAGAGCUACAGACCAGCACAGCUCACCUGGAGCCAGCUGCCACAGGUGAAGGACACUGAUAUUUUAACAGAAAUCACGCCUCAAGAGAGAAAGAGACAAGAGGCCAUUUUUGAGAUCAUCACCUCAGAGCAUUCAUACCUGCACAGCUUGGGCAUCCUGGUACAUCACUUCAAGAACAGCGAUGCACUAAGGAAAACCAUGACGACCACAGAGCACCACCACCUCUUCUCCAACAUCUCUGUCAUCCACAACAUUAGCCAACGUUUUUUUAAGGACCUGGAACAACGUCACAAUGAAAACCCAGUAAUCCGAGACAUCAGCGACAUAAUUCAGAACCAUGCUGCCCAUCACUUUGAACCCUACAUUGUCUACUGCUCCAAUGAAACCUUCCAACAAAGGACGCUUCAGAGGCUGCUGAACAAUAAUACGGCAUUCAGAGAUACUCUGAAGCAAAUCGAGACUAGUUCUGAGUGUGGAGGCCUCCCCAUGCUUUCCUUCCUCAUCCUACCCAUGCAGAGAGUAACCAGGCUGCCACUGCUGCUGGAUACAAUCUGCCAAAAAACGAAACCUCAGACAGCGGAGUACUUUGCUGCUUUGUGGGCCCUGCAAGCUAUGAGCAAGUUGGUCACUAGCUGCAAUGAUGGAGCAAGGCGGAUGGAGAGGACAGAGCAGAUGUAUACUAUCCAGAAGCAGAUGGAGUUUGGAAAAAUCAAGCCUUUCCCACUGGUGUCAUCAUCACGCUGGUUGAAGAAGCGGGGUGAGCUCGCCAUCUCCACUGAGGAGCUCAGCAUAUGGAGGGCUUUCAGCACCAGAAGCUACUACCUGUUUCUCUUUAAUGAUGUACUGAUUGUCACUAAGAAGAAAACUGAGGAGAGCUUUGUGGUGCUGGACUAUGCUACUCUGGAGAAUGUGGAAGUGGAAGUCGGGGAGGAAACAGAUGUACAGAUGUCUCCAUCUGCCAAAACCAACUCCAGCAACCUUUCCUUCAAACUGAAGAUGAGCAGGAACAGCGAGGGGAGAUCAGAGCGAAUCUCCUUAGUAGCUGACUCCAGGGUGGACCGUGCACGCUGGAUAAUCGCUCUGACAGAGAACAAGCAGACGGGUGUAUUGACUUACAGAGAUGAUCUACCGCAGUAUGAGGCCACCAAAGCCUACAUGCCAAAGGAGCCAGAUGAACUUGGCCUGCGACAGGCUGAGCUUGUCAUCGUCCUGCAAAAAGAGGAAGCAUGGUGCUAUGGGGAGAGAAUGCGGGACGGAGAAAAGGGCUGGUUUCCUGCAAACUGUGCCACAGAGAUUACCAACCCCACUGCCAUGGAGGACAAUGUACAACGUAUGAAGCGGUUGCGCAAAGAGACAAAUGUUUGAAUGGCCAGUGGGCAUACCAUGUCAAGAUUUGCUAGAGUGGACAAAAUGCACACACUAGUAGAUUAGCACUCCAUAUUCAGGUUUUUCCAGACAGUUGCUAUUGAAUCAGAUAGGAAAAUAAUUACCAUAAGUUUUUUUUUUUUUUAAGUCAGCACUGGACAAACUUCACAACAGCCUUAACAGACCAUGUGUCAUGUUUCUAGAAAAUGUAGCCAUGAGGUUUCUGCUUCAUUUAGUUUUUUGUACAUUGUUCAGACCGAAUUAUUUUUAAAUUUAAAAAAACUUGCUGCAGAGCCAUCUAUUAAAGCUUUGUGUUCACCCUGAGUGUGCGUCGAAUAUAUGCUGCACAUUUAGAAAAGCAGCAUUCCUAACCCAGUGGACCUUUUUACUCAUGCAACUUAGUUCUGAUGUUCCUGUAUAAAUGUAAUGUUUUUCCUGCAUUGUAAAAUGGAUCUUUAGUCUCAAAAUUUGGGCAUGCCAAAGUCAACUCUAGUAGUAUGUACACUGAAAAGCUGAGUAUUUUACGAAUAAAACGUCCUGCAUCUGCUUGCAAUCAAACCUCAAGAUGGGGCCUAUUGCCAAAUACUUGUUACAUUUCUUGCAUGACAAAUCAUGAAGACUUAAGUAGAUGCAGUUUAGAAAGUAUACCUUUGUUUUCUAUAUGUGUAGACAAACCUUCAAUCUAUAAGCUUGAAAUCUGAUGCUUUGAUGGCCUGUAUACUUGAAUCAAAUAAAAACCACCACUACAGACAAGUUUUCUG